GAACCAAUAAGCUAGAGUGAGAGAAAGAGAGAGAGAUGGAAGCUGGUGCCAAGAUAGAAAUAAUGUCGAGGGAGUUUGUCAAACCCUCAACUCCAACCCCCGAAGAAAAGAGAGAGCUUAAACUGUCGUUUCUUGAUCAACUUCAAGGGCUUACUUUUAUUCCUUUUCUUUUCUUCUAUCAAAAUGAGCAGCCUGGAGCUGAGUCAAAAUCCGAAACAACAACAACCACCCUGCGUUUAAAGCAGUCUUUAUCGGAGUGCUUAACCAAGUUCUAUCCCUUAGCAGGCCAGCUCAACCCGGAUGAUCAUCAUGUUUCCGUCAAAUGUGAUGACUCUGGAGUUCUAUUUAUUGAAGCCAAGCUUGAUGUUUCCCUCUCAGAAGCUGUCCAGAAUCCGUCUCUCGAGAGUUUUGCGCAAUACUUGCCAUUUGAGCCACUUUCCAAUGAUGUUACAUUGUUGGGUAGUUACCCGAAAAAUGAAAUACUCCUAGCAGUACAAAUCACUUGGUUCAGAUGCGGAGGAAACGCCAUUGGCGUGUGCAUAUCGCAUAGAGUUGCCGAUUUCACGUCCUUGAUCACAUUCAUGAAUUCAUGGGCGGCCCUGAACCGGGGUGACAGUACCUGCCCGAAAUCAUCAACUCUGGUACCCGAUUUCGAUGCAGGGAGGAACCUUUUUCCUGCACCGGAGAUUCCUAUCUGCCCCCCUCAGAUUGAUGUGCUAGGGAAAGAAAAGUACGUGUAUAAGAAACUUGUGUUCAGCAAGGAAAAGAUAUCAGAAUUGAAACAACUUGCAAUUGCUGCUUCCUCCUCCUCAUCAUCAUCAUCAUCAUCGGUGUUGAAGGAUCCCACACGGGUAGAAGUCAUUUCUGCUUUCAUCUGGAACCACUUGAUCAAUGUGGCACGAGCUAAGGAUCAAGCUGUGGGAGGUAAUGAUGACAAAACAAUGUUCAGGAUCUGGAAUUCUGUGAACGUGAGAACAAGAAUCAGUAGCUUGAAUUCUUCUUCUUCUUCUUCUUCUAAUGACUUCCCGUUUGGCAACUUUUCAAUUCUCGCGAUCGCUUCCUUCACUCCUCCCGAUGAGAUUACUGCGGGAAAUCCUGAUUAUUACCGUGAUCUAGUUCAACUCACCGGUGAAUCAAUGCGGAAAGUCGAUGAGGAUUACAUUUUCAACUAUGCCCUUCCUUUUAUGAAAAUCUUGGCCUCAGGUUCGGCUGAACUGGAGGUGGAUAUGCAGAAACCAACCAUGAAGAUAAGUGAUAGGGUUAUCACCAGUUGGUGCAGAUUUCCGAUAUACGAAGUGGAUUUUGGUUGGGGCAAACCUGUUUCGGUUGGCCCGGCGUCCAGUAAGGCACCUGCACCUGGGGUUCUGUUAUUUGGCACAAGAUGCGAUGACGGAAUUGAAGCAGUACUUACCGUGUUAGAAGAUGAAUUGUCUUUACUUCCGGAUAAGUUUCUUUCACUCGCAACAAUUAAUUUCUUUUGA